GUCAGUCGGUGCAUGCAAACGCCUAUUCCUAUGUCCAUGGCCAUAGUCCUAAAACGGUGCAUUACUCCUUAUAUUUGGACCCAUAAGUACCAACGGAGCAUUUUUUUUUAGCAAAAACCGGAUAGAGCCAAACCGCAUCUGCAUGCUACAAGAGAAGGUUAGCAUCGCGAUAGUCAACAAGAGAAUUUGCCCACUUUUGCUACGCCCUGUUCGAUGAAUACGGUGCACCAUGCAAAACAAUCCCAUCAUGCCGCACCAACCCGCUUCUCCGCUUGCAAUGGCAUUAACGCUGAAAGCAAAGCCGAAUGGCACCGUGCGUAAGAAACUGCUUCCCCGUCCGUCCUCGCCGUACGGAAUCCAUAGGCGGUCCAUACACCUACAGGUCCUUCAAUGUUAUCCUUUAGUACCACAGAACGCCGCAAAGCGAAAUUGGUGGUGCAUGAGCCAGCAAAAUUCGGCUCCUGUUAAAAGUGAGCAGAAAAUACACCGUGGAAAAAACAUCACUGAUACUGGACCUAACUAUGACGUUCCUGUCAAGUCUUCCAAACGUCGCCCUGCCAGCAAUUCAUCCGCGAUUCCCCCUAAAAAGUCAGCACUGAAGCACCGUUCGACGUUGUCAAAAGGAGACCACAUGGGCCUCUUGCCGGAACGUAAUGCGGCGCACCCAUCACGGCAAACAACGACAACGCCCAUUAUUCCUGCGACCUCUUCUCUCGGUUCCACAACGACAUCCGCCAACCAGACCGCAUCCAGCACGCUGUGCGAUUGGUCCCUCUUCUCUGGAUAUGAUUUCUUCUGUGUCUUCUGCCUGGAAACGCUACCGACACGACGCCCGGGGACGCCUUAUGCCGCGCAUUUCAAGCAGCAUCUCCAGCAGAGCCGGUAUUGCUACGGCAAGAAUCUGCAGUUUCUGCGCGACAAGUUCGACCAAGGAGUGGAGGACGCCGAUGACCCGCUGCUUAACGGGCAAGUGAAGUGUCAACUGGUGUGUCGGCUGUGUAAAGCGGCACUGCAGGCCAACCAGUACAGACUGGCUUCGCCGGAUCUUAUAGCGCCACAUAUGCAGCGAUACCAUCCGGAAAUUCGGUCGCAUGCGUUCCCACAAACUAAUCCAUUUGGAGGAAGUUGACCAUUACAGUGUAUAGCAUUACAGCAGCCUGGGGCAAAUCAGAGCGGUCUACUCAUACGCCAUAGCUCAUGAUUCCGGCCCUGCUCUGGCUUUUAGACGGUUGAUGUGCUGCAGUUUUGGCGGAUGCUGUAUGAUAGCGUUUUUGCAGCCAGCAUUCGGCUGCGCUAAGUGCAGGCCGGUCUGGUGUUAGAAACCCAGUUCAUGAAGCGAAUUCGUUUUGAGUUUCUUUGUUAAUACUAAUGCUUUGUACAGCAGACGAAGUGGCGGCUGAUUUGAUUUACAGUUUCAAUCAUCCUCAUCUAAA